GCAUUCUAAGACGUAACGUCACUGUGUUUACCCGGAAGUGCGAGUCUGCUCCAGCAACUGCUGUCCAAAUCUAUAAUUUACCGAUUUUAUUUUUUUUUUAAAGUAAAUCUGACUGUAUACUUCUGACCCGGAAUGUACAGCGGACUACUGCCCAAAGAUUUAACCGAAGAGGACCUCAGUCCAGAUGACGAAGGUGAUGUUGAGGAGAAGAGGAAGGAGAGUGAGAAAUGUGACAGCUCUUCUGAAAAGUUGAGCUGUGCCGAGGAAAGCACAGUCUCGGUUGUGAAAACACAGUCGACUCACGGUGCCAGUGAUGCAGACAGUGAUUCCCCGACAUGCAGUAUGCCUGGUAUACCCCCUGAAAUGUGGCAAAAAUUUCAGGAUCUACGGAAGAAGAAUGACGACAUGAAGAAAAUGAAGGUCCCCAAAAAAAGAAAAAGAAGAAGACAUAAUAAAGGAAAAGAAAGUGAGGAACCUACAGAGACAAGCAGAGAGCUACAGGAGGAGCGGGAGAAGCACUGGGAUGAGCUUAAGCAGUAUUUUGGUGUAAAUGAUCGAUUUCAUCCCCCUGCAUGUUCCAAACCCCCUCCGAAGUCCGGCCUAGAAAAGAGCAUAGAGAGGGCCAUAGCUGAAGGGGACAUUGCAAAGGCGGAGGAGAUGAGCGACAGACUCGCCACUCGAGAGCUUGCUGUGAAUGUCGCUCAGGCCGUUGAUUGCCGUGACUUCGUGCGACACAAACAGGAAGAGGAAGCUUUGAGGGCAGCACAGAAAAGGAAGAAGGAAAUAGCCUGGGGGUUUGAAGCUAAAAAACGUUGGGAAACCAAAAGCAACAUGGGCUUCAUGUGACAGCACGGAGCACAAGGAAAAAGGCUGUGAUUUUUCAAAAAAAAAUUAAUUUAAUAAAAAUGUUCUUUUUUUUCACGUCA